AUAGAGGCUGAUGCGAUGCCAUUGUCUUCUUUCUCUCCUGCGUGGCCCGCCUGUGGCCUAUGGCCUGCAUCUUCCUGCAUCUUCUUGCAUCGUCUUGCUGGCAUGCCUGUUGGCCGUUCGCCUUUCCUUCCUUCUUGUUGGCCUACCCUCUGUUCCUCCGCUGCUACUUGUACAUACACAGAACGCCGUAUUCGCGUUCACGCACUUCAAUUACUUGGUGCAGUAUAUCAAAUCACUCCGAAUACGUCCAUCUACAUCUGCAGUCGUAAUUCAUUCGAUCUCUGAACCUCUCCCCAACCUGCUGAGACUUGAAGUUCUCUUUUACCCUCCCUAGUCGACCAAUCCAACAACUAACCCAACCCCCUCCCCUCUCCCAAUCGAACUGAUCCAAAGACCAAACACUCACACGCACGCACCGUUGCCCAAUGACAAGAUCAUGCAGCCAGGCGGACAACUGCAGACUGCAUCCACGACGUGUCCGGCCCUGGCCCGAUCCGGAACUGCAAUCUCGUCUAUCCUUACUCUCCAUCACGCAUGCACAUGCUUCUCACUUCAUCCUCUCGCGCAUACACAUACGCAAUUCGUAGUGAGUGGGCCGGGAGGGCACUGAUUCCGUUAGAUGACCUGCCAGGCUAUAAUUCCGAAGCCGUGAGCUAUUCUAUAAUCCUGCAAUUAUAU